AUGGAGACCGAGCUAAUUCCAGGGUUGUCGGACGAUGUCGCUCUGCAGUGCCUCCUCCGCCUCCCCUUCUACUCCAUCUCUGUUGCUCGGGGCGUCUGCAGGCGGUGGAAGCGCGAACUCUCAGCGUCAUCGUCCUUCUAUCGCCUCCGCAAAGCUGCCGGCCUCGCUCGUCCCAUCUUCAUUGUGCUCUUUUUGAAAAUGCCUUCGAUAUUCUAUUACAGGUGGCGUCUAGCCUUUUACGAGCCAGCCACGGGCGCCUGGGGGAUCCGACCGUUGACAGACGACGACAACCUCCGCGGGAGGCAGCACUGCCGUCAUGUUGUGGUUGUCGGGCGAGAACUGGUGCUGGUCGGCGGGUGGGACGAGUUGCGCUGGUAUGACACUACCGAAGUCAACAUCUACGAUCUAGUCACCGGCGACUGGCGUCCCGGGGCUCCGAUUCCGCGCCCCUUAAACUAUAACAACUGCGUUGCCGUCGGGCCACAAAACGUGUUCGUAUCCGGCUGGAAGGACGAUCCAUCGUCGACACUAGUUUACGACAUGGCAACUGACACGUGGAUGGAGUACCACGUGGCGACCCAGGGGCCGUUCUGGUGCCCGUGGCCGGGGUUCAGGUCGGCCGCCGACGUCGCUGCCCAUGAGGAGAAAAUGAGGUACGAAUGCCAGGAGAGAGAUGAUCAGGACGAGAAAGUGGAGGUGCUCACAUGGUGUGAUGGUGACAAAGCGAACUUGUGGCGGAGCUUGGGACUGUCGCCGGACGACUUGACUAAUUACCGCCGACACUUCUUUGUCUUCCAAUUCUAA